AAGGUUCGCACAUUUGUAUGAAUUUCGGGUCGCUCACCGUCGAGAGGACCGAGGAGUCAGGAAGUAGUGAGCUCGGAGUAGUGGAUCUCGAACUCUAGGUGCUUUUUAGGUUUAUUAGCUAGGUCCUGAGCGACUAGGUCCUUACAUAAUUGUGAAUCAGAUCGCUGGAUUCGUUUUCUAUACUGAUAGUGUGAGAAAUUGCGUUGUGAAAAUUAUUUCGUGUUUUGAGGUUGUGUGAUUCGUCUUGAAUAUCUGAAGGAGGCUGAAAUUUCAGGCUCAGUGAUGGAAGAUUUCAGCCGGAUGUAACGACAGGAACUCUCUAUCUCAUCUAUCGUAUCGUUGUGUCGCUCCGAGAUGUCAGCCAUGAAAUCGCAGUCAGCUACAAUUUAGAAAACCUCGCAAUCUCUCGCUCCGAUCAGCUCAGCUCAAACCAGCCCACCUCAACGAGAGAUUCAACCGAAAUCUAAAAAGAUCCGAAUCGACCGAGGUCAUACCGUCGACAGCGAUGGCCUCGUCACUCGUCCUCUGUCUCGUGUCACUGCUGAUUGCGACAAUCUCGACGACGACGUGUUCUCCGCAGGAAUUGAAUCCAGAUGCAAACUCAGACCCGACCGAUCGGCCCUCUGGAAGCCCGGGGCAAUCGGAGACACCCGAGAUGUCCGGCGGUCCGUGGCGCAGCAUCCAGGCCGAGCUGGUGCACAAGGACCACCCGCUGCGGGCAGCGCCGGGCAGCCUGUCGUUCAAGGAGAGAGCGGAGCGCGACUUCCUGUCGAGCAGGAGGCGGUCGGAGGUGCUGCGGUCGCGUCAUGAGCGGUGGCUGGCGGGCGGCGGCGGGGGGCUGCCGACGUACGUGAGCAACCUUUCGACGAACGUGAACGAAGCCGAGUACGUCAUGACGAUCUCGCUGGGCACGCCGGCGCAGAACUUCGUCGCGAUCGCGGAUACGGGAAGCGACCUGACGUGGCUGCAGUGCCAGCCGUGCGCGCACUGCUUCCCGCAGGCGGACCCGCUGUACGACCCGUCGCGGUCCUCGUCGCACGCCAACCUGACCUGCGCCGACAGCGCAUGCCAAAGGUUCACGUCGCAGUACCCGGCGGACUGGCACUCCAACUGCCCGGUGCAGUCGAGCUCGAACGCGAGCUGCAACUUCUUCUACGCUUACGGCGACGGCUCCAACACGACGGGCGACAUCGCCGUCGACACCAUCCACCUGACGUCCACCGACGGCGCCGUCGCGGACGUGCCGAACUUCGCCUUCGGGUGCUCGCAGAGCACCUUCAGCGACUCGGGCCUCCUUUCGGGGAAUGUCGACGGGCUCGUCGGGCUCGGCCAGGGCGACAUCUCCUUCCCGUCGCAGCUCGGCGCCAGCUUCGGCAACAUCUUCUCCUACUGCCUGGUCCCCGCCAAGGGCGUCGCGACGCAGACGAGCCCGCUCCUCUUCGGGAGCGCCGCGCUGUCCAACGUCACGGGCAUCCAGUACACCCCGAUCCUCGACGACCCGUCGGUUUACAACGUCGGGGUCCAGGCCAUUAGCGUCGCGGGCCAGCCGCUGGGCAUCCCCAGCUCCGUCUUCGCCAACGGCACGACCUUCGACUCCGGCACGACGAUCACGCAGUUGGAGCCCCAGGCGCUGGACGCGCUGGUACCCUUCCCGCAGAUCCCCGGUGGGAUAAGCGGAUUUCACUGCUGGAACGCGUCGGGCCUGACGGACGCCGACAUCCCCAGGAGCGUCCCGACCGUCUCGUUCAACCUUACCGGCGCCAACUACGACCUGACCUACGACAACACGUUCCUGACCUUGGACGACGCGACCUUCUGCCUGGCCAUGGGCAACAAUACGCUCGGCGCGGGGUCCAUCAUCGGCAACUACCAGCAGCGCAAUGUCUACAUGGUCUACGAUCGCGCCAACAGCCAGAUCGGGUUCGUUCAGCGCAACUGCAUGACGUAGUUACCACGACUGGGACGUCGUCCGCUUCCUGGUCUCCCUCCGCAGGCACCAGGUUCAGAGCCGGCCUGGAGAGCGUGAUGACGCGCGUGCUCCUUCUACAAGUGUUAUCGAUCCUUUAUUUAUAUCGUUUAUAGAGUGUUGUAGAUAUCUCCCGUCGCUAGCUUAGGAGGGUUUUAGAUUUUGCCAUGAUUCUCUGCUUGUAAGAAAACGCCGUGCCAAAACUCU